AUGAACUAUAAGUUUAUUGCUAAGAAGUUUGCCAGUAGAUUGAGGGAAAAUCCUGAUAUGAAGUUAGUGGACUUGCAAUCUGCUGUGAUGAAGAAAUACAAGUGUCUAGUGAGCAUCAACCAAUGUGCUAGGGCUAGGACACAUGCGAUUAGUGAAUUUGAGCAAGGCAUGAAGAAACAUUAUGAUAAACUUUGGGAGUAUGGUGAAGAAAUUAGAAGAACCAAUCCUGGAUCUACAGUAAAAAUGAGUGUUGAAGUCAAUCCCGAUGGGAAAACUUACUUUCAAGGCUUUUAUAUAUGUUUACAAGGAUUGAAAGAAGGUUGGAUUAGUGGAUGUAGAAGAGUAAUUGGGCUUGAUGGGUGCUUUUUAAAGACAACAUGCAAAGGAGAGUUGCUUUCAGCCGUUGGUCGAGAUGCCAAUAAUCAAAUAUUCCCAAUUGCCUGGGCGGUGGUGAAUAUUGAAAACAAAGAAAACUGGACGUGGUUUAUUAACUUGUUGAAAGAAGACUUAUCUUUGAAUGAUGGUGUUGGUACAACUUUGAUUUCAGAUCAACAUAAGGGGCUGAUUGAGGCUGUCAAGGAUGUGCUCCCGGUAGCUGAACACAGACAAUGUGCUAGACAUAUUUAUGCAAAUUUUAGGAAGAAGUUUAGCGGUGUACAAUUCAGAAACCUUUUCUGGACAGCCUUUAAAGCGUCAUAUGAACAACAAUUUGAAGAAGUGAUGUCUGAAAUCAAAGCGGCCAACCUUGAUGCAUAUUUGUACCUUAUGGAGAAAGCACCUCAUACUUGGUCUCGUGCAUUUUUUGAGACGCAUAGAGCAUGUGAUGCUGUCGAAAAUGGCAUUAAUGAGUGUUUUAACUCACUAUUGGUAAAUGCUAGAAGAAAACCAAUCCUUACAUUGCUCGAAGCUAUUAGAGUGAUAAUGAUUGAAAGAAGGGAUAAAAUGAGAGAGAGAUCUCGGAAAUGGGUGGAUGAUAUAUGCCCUGCUAUUAGGAAAAAAUUUGAGCACUUAAAGGAACAACAAAGAUUUUGGCAUGUACUUCCAUGUGGGGGUGAUCUUUUUGAGGUUAAAAGAGGGUUAGAUGCUUUCAUAGUUGAUGUAGACGAAAGAUCAUGUACUUGUAGAAUGUGGCAACUAUCGGGUUUGCCAUGUGCCCAUGCUAUGGCUGCAAUCUUCCCCUUGCCGCCGUUGCCAAAAAGAUUGCCUGGAAGGCCAAAACUUAAAAGAAGAAGGGAUGCAGUGGAAAGAUUAUUGACUUCAACAGGACAUAUUGGAAGACAAGGAAGAAGAAUGACAUGUACCAAAUGUAAUGAAGCAGGUCAUAACAGUAGAUCAUGCAAGAAUGAGAAAAAAGAUGCACCACUGAAAGAUGUUAGCCCACCAGGCAGACCUAGGACUAAUAUUCAUGGACAAAGCAGUAAAGGGGGUGCACGAGGCGGAACAGGUUCACAAAGGGAUGUUAGAAAGUUGGAUCCACGAAGGAAGCCAAGACUUUGCUUGCUAUUUGUGUUUGUCCGCAACAAUUGUUCAACGAACUGCUAA